GUUUAAUAUACCAAGCACGUCAGUUUUCAUUCACAUCGCGGUUCUUGAAUGAACCUCCUUGCGAGGUCAAACAAGGCGUCUAGCCAACGAUCGCCAUAUGACGCGCUUUGUUCGUGGCAGCAGCUGCACCGAAUUGCAAAACGGUCGUUUGUACCUGAACAGGUAACAGAAGCAACAGGUCAUUUCUCCGACGCGGGGAGCGCCGCUACCGGCCCUGCCCGUCGCAGGGCUGACUACGCUAAGGCCCGUCACGCCAGUCGUGUUUUAUCCACAGCGCAGUACAUACGUUAUUGUCGCGCGCACUCUUCACGUCACGCGAGACUUUCCCGCGAGCGAUAUCAUCGCAGCGCUGAGUAAUGUGCGCGAACGCAUCACGGUACACUAGUUCUCUCGUCGGUCGUUAUUUGUGACAGUGCAAAUGUCUCCCAGUCUGGAAGGGAUCAUGUUCAACAGGAACGCAAACCUGUCUGCGCGCCGGCCUUUGUUGGCGGAACCGCAAAAGCCUCUAGUGGUACCGCCGCGUGCGCCGCCCCGCGACACUAGCAUUCAGCGGCCCUUACCAGCCCCUAGGAACUUACCUCCGGAUUAUUCACGCGAAUACCGACCGGAUUAUUAUAAGCCAUCGAAUGUCGAACUCGAGAGACGACUGCAGGAGGCACGGGCCCGUGAGAAAGUUGGCUACUUUCAAGAUAAAGUUGCAUCGCCCGAGCUGAGCUUGGACCGAAAAGAAGCUGAAUUAGUUUUUAGGUUCGACCCUCACGCUUCGGCGAACUAUUUAUCAAACCAAUAUCAUGCUCCUGCAGUGCAUUAUGCGAAACCUCCGACGCCAGUCAACGGAAUAUCUAACCGUUUCCAAGAGCGAGACGGGCCCUUUGUGUUUGGUGUGCACAGUCCCAGCCAAUUCCCCAAACGAAGAGACGAAGACGAUUACGACUACUCAGAAGUAACUGAAGAGACUGGUAGGACUGCAAUCCGAGAUGAUGUGUCUGAAGACUUAAAUUGCUGUGAUAGAGUGAACGAAUGGACUGUACGCGAUAAGAAAACCAGGAGAACUUUGAAUAGGAUGUUUCAAAUUAAAGAUAGAAGAAAGGUGAAAGGUGGCAAGAAAGAUAAGAUAAAGUGUGUGUUGGUGGGUGAUGGGGCAGUGGGCAAAAGCUCAUUGAUCGCAGCUUAUGCACAGGACACCUUCAGAGAGGAAUACGUGCCCACAGCAUAUGACACUUUCAAUGUGGCCGUAGACGUGGACGACAGACCCGUCCGCUUGGAAAUCUGUGAUACUGCUGGACAGGACUCGCUGUCGGAGCUCCGCGAGCUGUGCUACCCGGGCACGGACGUGUUGAUGCUGUGCUUCUCCGUAGUGCGUCCGGAGACGUUCCGCUCGGUGGGCACUCGAUGGACGCGCGCUGUGGCCGGCGUUCGAGCGCCGCUCGUGCUGGUCGGCACGCAAGCAGACCUCGCUCGGGACCCGCGCGUGCUGCAGAACUUGCGAGCACGUGGUGAACACCCGGUGACUGAUGCGGAGGCUAAAGCAUUGGCCGCAAAGAUCAACGCAGUUUACGUGGAAACCUCUGCAAAGACUAGGUCCCAACUGAAGGACGCAUUCGACGCUGCAAUUUUAGCCGGACUGCCGGUCAUACAGAGCAAAAAACCUUUUUGGAAAAAGCUUUUUUGUAUAAAUUAAUUUUUCUCGUUAAAAAGUACUAGAUACUUGCUUAAAACUAAAACGUAUUAGCAGAUUGUACCUUGUUUUUUCUGAGCUAAAGAUGAUAUGGAUUUUUUCUAGCACGGAGAAAUCUCAUUAGCUCGUUAUGAAAUAUUUUUAAAUAGAUACCUGGCUAUUAAAAAUAUUUCUCCAAAGUGCCUUAUUGUGUCUCUUUGCAAUUGAGAUUAUUCUAAAUUUAAAUAAAUUACUUGAGAUCUUUGAAAUGUAAAUUUAAUGAUUAUUAUUCUUCGAAAUGAAGAAACAUGGAAAAACGUACCUAUAUUUAAAAGUCUGUCAACAUCCACGAUUAAAUUCUGUUCGAAUUUGAAGUGUGGAUUGCGGAUCUUGUAGUUUGUUGUCGUUUUGUUUUGUUAUAAAAGUAAUAACAUCUUAUCGGCAACUUAUAGCCUGUCUGUACCUUAGAGCAUAUACGUUUGGUAUAUGCUCUAGGGUCUAUACCAAUUCCAAUUACCUAACAACUUGUUUUGAGUUAUAUGGUGAACUUUUAUUAACUCGGAAUAAAAAUAAGAUCGUCACCAACAAAUAUGGAUAAUAUUGCUUCAAGUCUUAUUAAUGUAUUCAAAUGUAUAAUAAUGAUUAUAAUUAUACAUAAAAGACAAGCUUGUACAGUAGAAAUAUUGACUUAAGUUCUAUAUUAAACUUACCUACUCUGUUGUCUGUAUAGCUAGUUGUUUUACCGUGUGUAUAUAAAUAUCGAUAAUGUUAAAUGUUGUUUGAUACUCAACUGAACUGAUAAUUAUAUUUUAUUACAAAUUC